AUGAAUCUAGAAGCGAAGGAAACUGGGAAUGAUAUUGCUGCCAAGAAUAAUAAUCAGCGCGUCAGUGUUAUAAGAUGGGCUGGAAGAGAAUCAACGAAGACUUUCCAGGAGAAAUCUAGCUUUGAAGAAGACUGUACUGUCUCUGUUGUUCAAGACGAAUCCUUUGUAUCAUCAUGUUUAGUUACUGCUAAAUAUCGCUGCGCAUUUUGUAAGAAAUCAUUCAAAUGGCACUCACAUUGGAAAUCUCAUGAACGAAUACAUACAGGGGAAAAACCUUUUAAAUGUGAGAUUUGUGGAAAGUCUUUUGCUAGAUCCGAUGGUUUACAAUGUCAUAAACUUACUCAUAUCACCGUAAGACAUCUUCCUAGAACUCCAGGAAAGGGCAGUACACAAGCGACUGCAGUUGCAUGCAAAAACCCACCAACUGAAUCAGCUGAGCAAAUUUCAAAUGUCACGAAAGAGCUUGAACAGAAAAAAUUAUUUAACUGUAAUCAUUGCAAUAGAAUCUUCUACAGUUCUGCUGGAGUGGUGAAGCAUAUGCAGGUUCACAAAGGUAAGAGAUUUUACAAUCACAUUUUAAAUUAUCUUACACAAUUCGUCAUUGCAGCACAUUAAUAAUUAUUCAGCCCAUUUUGCUAAUUUAAAUUGAAGGAAAGCAUCUAUUUUAGUUAAUAUUCCGUGUUCCAAAGAUAUAAAUACUUCCUGCAACUAUAAAGAUUUCUAAAAUAUAUUUGAAUUUGGAUCGUAAAUAUAUUAUCAUGGUUUUUCUACAGCUAGAUUUGCUUUGUGAAGCAUUUAUAAUCGUAAGUACUGCUCGUAUACUAUUCUCAUAACUAUAGUGCGGUUUUACACAAACUAGACCGCCUAGAGAUCUUGGGUUUCUUCAUCAGAAUAAUGAAUUACAAAAUCAAAAUCAAAGCAGCUAAUAGCUAUCUCAUUUUCUAAUGCGGGGGCAGUCAAAAUCUGCGGGGUAUAUCGAAAAUCGUAUGGCUUUGUGCUUUUGGUGUAAAAUGAAAAUGUUUAUGUGAAAAUACAUGAAAUAUAUACAUUUACUUAUUUUAGUAAAGCAGUUUAGUAAAGGUAUUGUUUUUAGCUUGUUUCAGUCAAGAAACAUUGUUUUUGCAGCUUAAAUAACGAACCUGUCUAAGAAAAAAUAUUAUAUUAGGCUUCAUUAAAUAGAAAACAAUGCAAACAAAUAACAGCUAUAGUAUAGAGUCAGACCUUUUUGUUUGCUAUUACUAUAUCCAACUAUAUGAAGGAUUGGGUAAUCUGUUCUGUUGUGAAAGGUAUACUGGUUUGAGCAAAUAGAUUCGAAAUAUGCAGUUGUAGGCUACUAAAUUAAAGUGAUUCCGAAAAAAGUUCGCAUAUAGCUAUAAUACACAAUUUAGUAGCCUAUACAACUGCAUAUUUCGAAUCUAUUUUAGUCACCUUCAUCAAUAUGACAAGUUACAAGAUGAGUUGUACCGCUGAUUGCUGAAGAUGAAUAAAAAAGAUUCGAUCUUUUAAUUUUAUAUUUGCUGAAACUAUCAGCCGCUAAUUCACCACUUGCACUGUGGGCCCCAUGCACGUGUACUUGGCACGUGGUAAUACGGGUCACGCAAGCAAUAUAUGGAGAAUAAUACAUGGUGCGCGGAAAUACCAGAUUUAUUUCGAGUGUUGAACAUGAUAUCUCACGAGUGAGCGCAGCGAACGAGUGAGAUAUCAUGUUCAACACGAGAAAUAAAUCUGGUAUUUCCAAGCACUCGUGUAUUUUUCUGUUUAUUAUAUAAAGGACAGUCUUUGAAAAGCGGUGGCGACGAGCCGGACGAGGACAUCAAAGAACCUAAUAUAAACUCUUCUCCAUUAGAAUGUUUUUUGCCAAUAAGUACAGGGAAACGUUAGUGGCGCACGUAGCUAGCGAAAUUUGACUAGUGCUGCUCCAAGACGCCCACAUUCUAGGGGGGUCCGGGGGCAUGGUCCCCUGGAAAAUUUUGAAUAUUACUUAGAAGUCUGGAAUGGCCAUUUCCUGUGAUUUCAUGGCGAAAUACUCCAAAGGGAACAUCAAAAAAUUGUGUGAUACGUGGGAAAUUUUUUAUACUUUUUUUAGAAAAAAAAUUUUGGUAACUUUUUUAAAUCCAUGCAUUUUUUAUCAUAUUUCACUAUAUAUUUUUCAACUUAACUGAAAAUUUAGCUAAAUAUAGUAAAGUCACGAAAGAGGAAAAUAUCAUGUAUACAAUCACAGUUAAUUAAUACAAUACGCGUCUGUAAUAUGAUCUUUCACUUGAUUAACACAUAAAUGAAAAUAAUCAACAAUUGCGUGGUUUUAUACACUAUAACUCUACGGCGAGAUAUACUAUAUACCGAGCCAAGGAUUCGAGCUUCUACGGCGAGAUAUACUAUAUACCGAGCAACUCUACGGCGAGAUAUACUAUAUACCGAGCCAAGGAUUCGAGCUCGGAAUCGAGCUCGGAAUUCGAGCUCGGAAUUUGAGCUCGGAAUCUAAGUUUUAUUAUAGUCUAGGACCUGUAUAUGAGUUUGUAUGCGUUUCACUUAGCACAGUAAGUUUUAUUAUAGUCUAGGACCUGUAUAUGAGUUUGUAUGCGUUUCACUUAGCACAGGUAAUCUCAACUGUUUUAGGGUAAAAUGACCAUGGCAGUCAACAUGGCAUAUGUGCCAAAACCUGAAUCCGGGACAAAAUUCCUGAAAAUGAUCCCGCCCUGAAACGGCAGUGUCGACAUAGCUGUAACUUCCGAAAAGGAAAAGCGAUAGCCUUUCUGAAGUGUUUAGUGUUCAGAAGGGUUGCUUUUAGGGAUGGUCAGUACCCUGAAAUGUUAGGCGUUCUCCCCGCUUGAACCUGACAUUUCAGGCUAGGGUGGUCAGUGGAAGGAAAAAUUUGUCUACUGCUAUUUGCAAACUUCCAUUAGGCGUGCGAUUUUUUUCAUGUUUGUUUACUUUUCAAACGUUCAGGUUUUUGACCGGAAAACGUUAACGUUUUGAGCAAGCCAAUCAACGUUUGGCGGUGUGUUCAAUGAAACUUUGCUAAUAUUGUGGCAAACGUUCAGGUUUUUGACCGGAAAACGUUAACGUUUUCCGGUCAAAAACCUGAACGUUUGAAACGUAAACAAACAUGAAAAAAAUCGCACGCCUAAUGGAGCUUGCAAAUAGGAGUAAGUAUAAUAUUUUACAAGAAAAUGACCAUGCACCACCCCCAGGUAAAUUGCUAAUUAUGCAUAAAUAACUAAUGUGCCUGGCAGAAGUGAAAUAUCCCUAUUUCCUAAAAACAAAUAUCAUGAGGAUUGUCAUAAGGAUUGUCAUUGUUUUCUUUAAAUAUAAUACCAUAUUUUGCCAUCUUGUUUGCUUUUUAUCACCAACUGAAACCUGGCAAAUAUCAUCCAGUUGUUGCACUUUUACAUAUAAACAUGGUUGAAGAAGAUUUCAAAGGAGGUUUCAUCAGGUUUUGAAACAGUGCAGUGUAAUUAUCUUCGUUACUGUGUCCUUCGAUAUUUCGUGAAAUACUGAAAUAUGGCGCCAUUAUAAAUUGCAUUGGCUCGCCGCUUCUCUGCCCGGAUAAAUGCCACUUAUUCGUCUUGCUGUGUAUUUAGACAUUACAGUAUCCAAUAGUACUUUGUAGAAUAGUCCCAAUCGAGUCUCAUCAAACUUGUUGAAUAUAUUAACAAUCCAAAUUCGAAAAGAAGUAUAAAGUUUAUAAACAUUGUUUGAUUUUUUAAAGUGCCUAUGAAAUGAAAUUUAUUAUUUCAGUAUUUGGUACUUUUGGCAACGGAGAUUUCGAAUUUGAUAAUAAAAAUGUCAAAUUUUAAGAGCAAACAGUAGUUUUUGCAAGCUUUUGUAACGUUUUUAUAUUGAAAAAGUGGUCCGGAGACUGGGAACGAAUCGAAUACGCGUGACGUAAUUAGCAGGGCACGAGAAAUUGAUACGAGUCAACACAAUACAAACAAUAUAGCACAAUGUCGUCGACUGUAGUGAUAUUUCUGUUGCUAUUUCAAGCGAUUCAAGUGAGUAUGUUUUUGGCGCUCAUUAUAUGCCGUGUGAAGGUGAACCAUUAAAUCCUCAGGGAGACGAUAUAAUGGACGAUAUAAGCGAGGAAACGACCAAGGAAGCCGAUCUGGAUGGCUUGACGCCGGCCAUUCUAGAGGCUAGAUAUGAUUAUAUGAAGUUGAUUCUUGGUAGCCGUAGGUAGCCUUUUUUCAGUUGGAUACAUUUGAACUUCAGUCGUUUUAAAUAAUUAAAUUUGACAAAAACACUCGAUUCAACUCGCUGCUUCAAUUUGAUAUAGGUGUAAAUGUGGCAAGUGCUCGGAUCGAAACUUGGUUGAUGCACUUGAAUACCGAUGUUGCCAUGAAAUUAUUGAAGCGCUUGGGAAACUAACAAUCGACGGGAGCAUCGCCGGAGAAAAUUUCAUGUUUGACAUUGCAUGAAGACUACAAGGCCAUCACGAACGAGGCUGUGCUGGCUCAAGUCGGCCCUUUAUUGAGAGACCGAAAUGGCAAAGCUAUAAAUCACGUUCAGGAACUCCUUACAAAAGAGUAUUGUGGAUCAUUUCAUGCUGUCAAAGUUAUAGAAUUACUGCAAUUUUUACGUUUUAUAUUUCGACAAAAAACACUUUCCAAAUGUGGAUAGUUUUCAAUAGCCGGUUUAAUAAUACAGUAAUAGAGCCAUGUUUAUUUAUAUCGAACAACUAUAAUGAUACGUUUCCGAUAUGCCUUCAAAACAUAUACAAACUUUGCCAGCCAGAAGGGUGGAUUAUAACAUCUUAAAGUUACUGCAUUGCUCUACUCAAACAAUAAUGAUGUCAAAGUACUAUAAAUACAGUAAUAAAACUCAAACUGUGUUUUAUACAGUGAGAUUUAUAUGGUGAAGUUAAACGGUUUGGCUGGUCUUGCAUUUGGUGCAUUACAUAGUCUGC